CGCGUGAGAACUACUCCUGCCGACCAUAUCUUGUGUUCUAGUUCCUUUGCCUGCCCUCUUUCCAAGCACUUUCCCCCACAAUGCCUGUGAUACUCAUUGUAGGUGCAACGCGUGGUUUGGGCAACGAAUUGCUCAAGGCAUAUGCUUCCUCAGCGUCAAACACAGUGUACGGGACUGCACGCGGCGAGCCUCCCUCCGCACAGGAGAAGAACGUGCGGUGGAUCGGCGGCGUCGAUAUAGGCACAGAGCAGGCCGGCAAGGUCGUGGUUGACGGAUACAAGAAAGACGCACUGAUUGACAUCGUCAUCGUAACAGCAGGAUACUUUGGAAAGGAAUCCUUUGAUGAACCGGACUGGGAGAAAGAAUUGACCAUGUACAAGACCAGCGCGAUUGGCCCUGUGUUUCUCGUCCACCACAUCAUCAAGGCGAACCUUCUCAAGGAAGGAAGCAAGAUCGUACUCGUGUCUUCGGAGUCCGGAUCCAUCACGCUUAGACACGAGAAGGAAGGGGGUGGCAUGUAUGCACACCACGCGUCCAAGGCGGCAGAGAACAUGGUUGGCAAACUGCUCAGCCUAGAUCUCAAGGACAAGGGCAUAGCAGUCGGACUUGUGCAUCCCGGGUUUAUGAGGACAGAGAUGACCAAGGGCGUUGGCUUUGACAAGUAUUGGGAUGCUGGCGGAGCAGUGACUCCGGAUGUAGCAGCGAGGAGCCUGAAGCAGUGGGUCGACGAGGACUUUGACUUGGGAAAAACGGGCCAGUUCUGGGCCCCAAGAGGCGCUCGGGACAUCGGUACCGCCGAAGACGUUCUGGGCAAGGACUUACCGACGCCACUACAGCUGCCUUGGUAAAACGUUGUCGAUAAAAACCUUCAUAAUGAUAUCUAGCGGGCUUGGAAUCGAGG